AUGCUGGCCCUCGACAGGCUCUCGCCAUCGGCCAUGGCGUCCAGCUGGACGCUCUACGCCGGCUGCAUCGUCUCGGUCGUCGCCCUCUCCGCCGUCUGGUCCUUUGUCGCCGGCCGCUCUGCCUCGCACGCCGACAAGGCCACCAGCUCCGUCUUGGCCGGGCCGCUGGCGUCAGUAUGGCUCUACAGCGACCGCGAAGACUUCCUGCUCCGCCUCUUUGGCCCGCCACACCGUCUCCUCUCUCGCGCUGCAGACCGCCUCAACACCACGUUCGGCGUCAACCGCUACCGCGUCACCAUCACCGCCAACGCGAGCGACGCCGCCACCUUUGCAAACGACCGCAGGCUCCACCUCACCGAAGCCUACCUCGUCCUGUUUACCGCCGUGCCCGACCUGCCCGAGUGGAUCAGCGGCGUGCUGCCCGACGCCCUCUUCCAGAGGCGAGGCCGUCGCGCCGUCGCCGCCAUCAAGGACUCGACCAGCUCCGAGAGGAUCGCCGGCAAGAUCCCUCACAUGAUUGACGACGUCGUCACCCAGCUGUGCAUGCUGCCCAAGGCGGGCGCCGGCGUCCACACCCACGAUGUCAUCUACCCGAUCAUGUUCCGCAUGGUGAUCCGCAUGUUUGGCCUGUCGGAGCACACCAAGGACUUUGCCACGAUGGACAGGAUCAACGACUGGACCAUGCAGGUGGCCGAGACGUCCAACAGCUUCCUGACGACUCAGUUCCCCUUUAUCCCGACGCCGUGGUCGGUCAAGCGGCUGCUGGCCGGGCUGCGCCUGUCGGUCGAGGUGUCGAGGCUGCUCAAGGCGCGCGAGCGCACGGGCGUCGAGCACGACGACUACAUCCAGGACAUGAUGCGCCGCGGCGUACCCCGCAACGAGGUGCGCGACUUUGUCCUCGGCUCGCUCGUCGGCGGCGUGGCCAAUCCGGGUGCGCUGAGCAGCUACACGCUCAUCUUUCUCGGAUCGUCGCCCGAGCUGCUGGCCCAGGUCAAGGCCGAGGUGGUGUCGGCGCUCGACCUCGACGUGGCCGAGGUGGUGGCCAACGAAGGCAGCGAGGGCCUGCGGCGCGCGCUCAAGUCGAUCCCGCUCUCGACGUGGGACGACAAGCUGCCGCUGCUCGACGACUGCGUCAAGGAGACGUCGCGCCUCCUCAUCUCGGACCUCCUCGUCCGCCGCUUCCGCCCCGACCCCGAGCUCGACGCCAAGGAGCCCGAGCUGCGCCUGAGCGGGCGGCGCCUCGAGGAUAAGGAUUUUGCCGCCUUCUGGCUGUCGUCGUUGCACUACAACCCCACCAUCUACUCGGACCCGACGCGGUAUGACCCGUCGCGGUGGGCCCGCGGCGAAGGCAGCGGCAAGGACGAGUUUGGCGCGUUUGGCGUCGGCCGGCACCCGUGCCCGGGCAUCCGCUUCGCCCGGGUGGGCGUCAAGGUGGCCGUGGCCUUGUGGCUCCUCUCGAUGGAGGGCCACGAGGCAGUCGACGCCAGCGGGACACGGUACACGCUCGACACGGCGCCGAAGCCCAGGCACAACGACGAGCACCGCCGGUUGCCCGCCAAGCCCGUGACACUGCAGUACGCCGAGAACCUCCUGCACGGCGCUUGA